UAGAUGUACAUCUUUAAAAUUGUUAGUAGAAAACCAUUUGGAUCACAAGUUUGUAUCAUGAAGUUCAAACAACAAAGAGUGAGUAAAAAGUCAAGGUAACAGUAUGCCUUGUUAUUUGAGUUUAAAUAUUUUAUAUAAUUUUUAUGUAGAAAUGCAACACCUUUCCAUUUUGCAUUAUGUUGAAUAACGUUAUUAGACAGCUGAGCAAAUAACUCAAAUAAUGUUCUUGAAAUAUUCUCUUAAAUUAAUUCCAGAUAUUUUGACAUGUUAAAUACUCAUGAAGAUCAUUUUUAUACGUUAUUUUUUAGAUGUUUAAUGAAGUAUCAUUUCAGGAAGAGAUGUGAAGAAAUUAUGAGGACCUUUACAAAAUAUGGAAAAUCCUCUGUGCUAUUUUGCAAACCCCUCACAAAGCAUUCCCCAUAUGAUACAUGUCUUUAGGAAACCAUCAAAGAAAAGUCAUUGGGACAUUUGGGGAUGUUCCCAGAACGUUCGCCUGUAUAUAUCGUUUUUGCGUGUUAGGAGUCUUCUGGUGAAAAGUCUCCUGGCCGUGUCCCAGUGGAAACACAGCAGAAAGCGGCAAGAAUGCAGCGCUCGGACCCGGGCGGCAGCAGCAGCUCCUCCGUCAGACGUGACGUCGAGGCUGGUUCCCAGCAGAAAAACUGCACUCCGGGGAAAGUUUUCUAGAAGGGGGGGAAACCACCCUAAAAAUACCCGGAACCCCGGAAUGUGCAGACGAUCGCCUCUCCAACAUUUCAGCCAUCUGUCGAAAUGUUUCUGCGCUUCUGUAGAUGCGUGAACUCGGCCGCUGCUGUUGUGGCGCUUAUUUGCUUAACUGUGUUGUUGUCGAAAAUCUGCCUAUGUAACAGCGAGGAGAACGAUGAGGUCCUGGGGAAAAACCAGCUCACUGAGUUUUACAGAAAGGGCCUUUUCAUCCUGGAGAGUGUUACGCUGAAGCGCUGCGUGACAGUGGACCGAUCCAACCUGGUGCUGGAGGACUGUGAGCGUCCCACACACCGCAUGCUGUGGAAGUGGGUUUCUAGGCACCGACUCUUUAACUUGGGCUCCAGCAUGUGCCUGGGCCUAAACAUUUUGGACACGACGCAUCCGUUGGGCAUGUUUGAGUGCGACAGUAACCACCUAGUGCUGUGGUGGCGCUGCCUUGGAAACAUGCUGUACGGAGCGUCACACUGGAAGGUUACGGUAUCUGGACGUUUGGUCGUGGUAAAAAAGAACAUUUACCAUGAGUGGAAAAGGCACAACACUCCCAGAGAAGGCCCUUGCUCACAUCCAUAUGAAGAAAUCCACACUCUUUUGGGAAAUUCGCAUGGACAUCCUUGUGUUUUUCCUUUUAAUUACAACAACAAAUGGUAUGCUGAGUGUACCACGGAGGGCCGUGAGGAUCAUCUUCACUGGUGUUCUACCACUGAUCGCUACGAUCUGUCCGAACAAUGGGGUUUCUGUCCAGUUAAAGCUUCCAGUUGUGAGCAAUUCUGGGAGUCGAACCACGAGCUCCGGGCGUGCUACCAGUUCAACUUGUACACCCUACUCACCUGGAGUCAGGCGUUGUCCACUUGCCAGGCUCAAGGGGGGAAUCUGUUGAGCAUCACCAGCCUGGCAGAGCACAGGUACAUUCGAGAUCGACUGGCAAAUGUUGGUGCAAUGGUGUGGAUUGGGGUAAACCACCUUAAGGAUGGGUACGGCUGGAAGUGGUCUGACGGAGCUCCCUUAUCGCUGGUGAAUUUCACUACAGCUCUAAAUGCAGCUCCGCUCGAGACCAACAUGCAGUGCGGAGUAUACAACUCUGCCCAUGGUGGCCAGUGGCAGAGUCUUGCCUGUGAGUCCGCCCUGCCUUACAUCUGUAAGAAGACACCAAAUGACACCAGCAUAGCUGAGCCACUAGAGAACUGGCAGUACAUCCAUACCGAGUGCGCUGAUGGCUGGUGGCCUCAUAAUGGUUUUUGCUACCAUGUGCUGGCGGAAAAAGAGGCUGGAAGCUGGGAGGAGUCUUCCCGAGCCUGUGGAUCUCUGGGUGCAAACCUCACCAGUCUCUGUUCCUUGUCAGAGGUGGAGAUGCUGCUUAACCUCCUGGCUAACUAUUCCAAGGAAGUUACAGAUGUCUGGAUUGGUCUGUGGAAGCAGGGGUCAUUACCAGGCGUAGAGUGGUCAGAUGGUUCACCAGUAACUCUGACUCUCUGGGACCAGUAUUACCCUGUUAACAACCUGACGGAUGCAACGCUUUGCGUCAAAGCGGAGAAGACGAAAGGUAACUGGCUUUUGGCCCCGUGCGCUGAGCAACACCCUGCUGUGUGCAAAAGAGAAAGCCAGAGUCCCGAUCAGCACAGAGGAACCCUGGAUGAAGGAUGUCCUGUGGGUUGGAAGAGACAUGGUCAUUCCUGUUACACAGUAACUAGUCAUGAACAGACAUUUGAAGAUGCAACGUUAGGAUAUUACUGCAGGGCUCCUCUCCUCACUGUGGAAAACAGGUUUGAGCAGGCUUUUGUCAACAGUUUGCUGAGUGCGAAUGGAACCAACAGCAGCAUGCACUACUGGAUCGGCCUCAGGGACCAGGAGAGGAAGGGGGAGUACAGAUGGCUCUCUCACAAUGGCUCCUCUCUGCCUCUCACCUUCUCGAACUGGAACAAACAUCAGCCAGUUAGUGCUGGUGGCUGUGUUGCCAUGUCUGGUGGUCCCGCUUUGGGCCACUGGGAGGUAAAAGACUGCAAAUCCCACAAGGCCUUGUCAGUGUGUAAGAUGAGUGGCAGCUACAGUGAUGCAGAGCUGCCAGAGCACCACAUUGAUGCUUACGCCUCCUGUCCGCCAGGCUGGGAAUCGCACUCUGGACUGCUUCACUGUUUUAAGGUGUUCCACGAUGAGAAAGUCUUGAUGAAGCGCUCCUGGGUGGAAGCGGACUUCUUCUGCCAGGCCCUCGGGGCUCAGCUGGCCAGUUUCCAGCACUAUGAGGAGCAGGUGUUUGUUAAGCACCUGCUCAGCACCAUGUUUGAAGGAACAGAAGGCCGCUGGUUCUGGGUGGGUUUAAAUAAAAGAGAUCCCGAUUACCUUGGAGUCUGGGAGUGGUCCGAUGGCUCUCCAAUAGUGGCGUCUUUCAUUGGAGAUAAGAACGAGGACGAUGACAGGAGGGACUGCGCUGUGUACAGCGACCUGACCAACACUCUGAUGCCACGGCCUUGUGACACCAAACACGAGUGGAUCUGCAAGCUGUCCAGAGGAGAUAAACUGAGGAAACCUUACUGGUACACUGAGCAGAGCCAGGCCUGGGUGUUUUACCGUGGAGCCGAGUACUUGCUGGCUAAUCAGCAUUACAAUUGGCACGCAGUCUCUUUGGCUUGUCAGAUGAUGGGAGCCCACCUGCUAUCCAUUCACUCCAGGGAAGAGUUGCAAUUCAUCAAGGAGCGGUUAAGACGGUUCUCCCUGGGACCGGCCAGCUGGUGGAUUGGCCUUUCCUUUGGCCCAGCUGGAGAGGAGGUCAGGUGGAGCGACAAAACGGAGAUAGAAUUUCAGAACUGGGCAGAUGGCGGUUUAAAUGGUGAUCUUAGAAAAAAGGGGAUGUGUGUCUCCAUGUCUUCUUCAACAGGAAAGUGGUCAGUAAAAAAAUGCAGUGAACUUCACGGCUAUGUGUGCAAGAGAAGAACGGUAUCUGUGGUAGAGACUCGCCGGGAGCCACACUACAUCGGUGCAUGUCCAGAGAAGUGGCUGUACUUCGGACACAAGUGCCUCCUGCUUCACCUCCCUGGCAAUCCAAAUGAAGGAAAGAGUUGGAAAGACGCCCAGUCCAUCUGCUCACUGUUUCAAGGCUCUCUGGUUGCCAUAGAAGAUGAGAUUGAACAAGCCUACAUCACUAUGCUGCUCCAGGGCAGCUCUGUCGGUGUGUGGAUUGGUCUGCGGGAUGAGGACACAAUGAAAUGGACCAAUGGGAAACCAGUCAGCUACACCAACUGGUCUCCAGUCGAACCAAAGAGUUAUUUCACUCAGGAUGAGUGGCUCAGUGGGGUCGCUGAUGAACCGCUUUGCACGGUUUUGUCCAACAACCACAACUUCCACCUCACUGGGAAGUGGUACGAUGAGAAGUGCAGCGAGAGUGGGUAUGGCUUCGUUUGUCAAAAGCCUCAAGACACGUCCAAACCCCCCACCCAUUCCUAUCACCACCCUCUUCCUGACAAUAUUGAGUACAGGAGCCGCAGCUACAAGGUUGUGUCUGGCAACAUGAGCUGGUACGACGCCAUGCAUAUGUGCAUAGAGAAUGAUUCUGACCUAGUGAGCGUUACAGAUGCCUACCACCAGGCUUUCCUUACUGUCCUUGUCAAUAGAUUGGCAGUCCCGCACUGGAUUGGACUGUAUAGUCAAGACAGUGGCAUCAAUUAUAAGUGGUCAGAUGGCAGUGACACAGUGUACACACACUGGGACGCAUUUGAUGAAGACGAUGACGACUUUGUGACUGGAGAGUGUGUGUUCAUGGACGUGAAUGGAGGCUGGCGGAGAGCAGACUGUGAGACUCCGUUAACAGGAGCGCUGUGUCAAAUUCCUCUGCCCAGCAGUAAAAAGUGUGAGACAUCCUGUCCAUCCACCUGGGUAAAGUCUGGACGAGGCUGCUACAACUUUGAGCCAGUGGUUGAGAAACUCACAUUUGAGGAGUCAAGAAUCCACUGUAAACAGAAAGUCAACACCUCAGAUGUCCUAACCAUUGAAAGUGAGACAGAGAACCGUUUUGUUCUAGAGCAGCUGUUGUCAUCUGGGUUCCUUCACCGCACUAUUUGGUUGGGGAUGUACUUCAACGUAGACACCGAUUCAAUGGCCUGGGUUGAUGGUUCACCAACGGACUACACCAACUGGGCAGGUAAAGGCCCGGACACCAAACUGCUCACCGCAGAUACCUGCGUCACAACCAGGCUGGUUGAUGGUGUGUGGCAUUUAUCAACAUGUGGAGAGCAGCUUGGCUUCAUCUGCAAAACCAUUUCAGAUGUAACUACUGAGGUGGAAGUGGAACCACUUAAUGGUUUACAUCAUGGGGUCAUCCCUGCUGCGGUGGUAGUGGCCGUAUUGAUCUUUGCCCUGCUGGCAGGGGCAAUGUGGUUUCUAUACAGGAGGAACCCUGCACGAUUUCGUGGUUUCCCCUCCCUCGGAAGUGCUUAUUACAGACAAACCAACUCUCAAGCAACAGAAUCAGAUGGAAAUGUUCUUAUUACUGACCUGGAGGCUCACUUAGGGUAAUAUCACCCUUGGAUUUUUGUAUUUUGUGAGUCUUUGUGUGUGUCUCAGAAUUUUCCUGUCUGGUUUAAGGGCCAGGUGAAGUCUUUAAGCUGUGACACCAACUUCUCACUACAGAGCUGAGAUGAUGACAGUGUUUGUUUUGUUUGAAGGAUCCUGUUGGGUCUCUGAUUUGGAUUUAUUUAAAGCAUUCAACUGAGACUAAAGUAGGAGUCAAUCCCUUCUGCUGACACACAGAACCAGUAUCUGAAUUUAUGCUUUAAACUAAGAUCUGAUUUUUUUAUUUUUAUUUUGAGGAAAGGAUGGCUGAAAUCGUCUAACAUAUGAGUUCACAACAAUUUUUUAAAGAGAAAAAGCGUGAAAUCCAUUCUGUUUAUUUGGUAACUGUUCAAUGAAGAAAACCAUUGAUUUUAAAGAUUCAGAAGAUUUAUAAAAUUGAAGGAAAUUUGUGGUAUUUCAUAUUUCUAUUAAAAACAACACUGAUACCUUAAUAUUACUUACCUGAUUCUGUAAAUGAUGCAUUCAGGAGCUUAUGGAUUGCUGGAUCCGUACAUGUGGUACAGUACAGUUGUCAGUAUUACUUUUGUAUUUACAUGUUAUUUUGUAUGUAUACAUGCUGUAUAUUGACGUUGGAAUGUGUUUUUGUCAGUCCUAGCAAUGUCCAAACAACUGAUCUCUGUUUUUAUUUAGGUUUGGUCGUCCAAAGCAAAAUUAAGAAGUGCAUUGUGUACAGUUUUAUUUGCAUUAAAUGAAAUUGAGCUUGGAUUAAA